AUGUUACGUCUUACGGUUCUCGGGUGUCUGUUCUGCAUCGCCAUAACAUUAUGUGAUUUCGGUGAGGCAUUUGAAUUCGAUGAGGCAAAUGACAGCAGUGAUAUAGAUUCUGAUAGAAUUAUCAAUGGCAACACUACCGCGAUUAGUGAUUGUCCACACGUUGUAUCAUUACAGAACGAUAAGCUCCAUUUUUGUGGUGCAAGUAUCAUAAAUAAAAAUAUGAUUCUUAGUGCUGCUCAUUGCUUUUCUGCUAUAAAGAGCUUACAGAAAAUAACAGCUCGGGUUGGUUCAAGCUUGUGGAAUGUAGGUGGACAAGUUAAAAAUGUCGUCGCAGUUCUCUCCCAUCCAAAAUAUGAUCCAAAAACAAAAUUCGGUGACAUUGCCUUGGUUAAGGUGGGUUCUCCAAUGAUAUUCAGUUCAGCAGUGAAACCAAUAGCAUUGGCUGACGGAGUUCCAACUGAUGGUAAAAUUGGUUUUAUAUGUGGAUUUGGUGUUACGGACCCACAAGGAUUUGUAAUUCCCACGAUGUUGAAAUCUGCCCAUGUUACCACAAUUUCAAGGGCAAACUGUACUAAACCUCCAUGGGAUUAUGGUGAUUCAAUUUUGCCCUCAAUGAUCUGUGCUCGGGCUGAAGGAGUUGAUUCGUGUCAAGGAGAUUCUGGUGGUCCUUUGAUGAGUAAAUCUAGUGGAAAAUUGUGGGGAGUCGUCUCGUGGGGAAGAGGUUGUGCUCGAGAUAAAUACCCAGGUGUAUAUUGUGUGGUUGCUGCUUUUAAGAAAUGGAUAACAUCUAACAUGGACAAUUUUUAG